AUGAACAUCGAUGAUAAACCAGACAUUUUACUUGCACGUCGUUCCUUAUUAAACAACUGUCAAUCGUUUCGUAUUCAUCCUAUUUCCGACGUAUUUGAUCCUAAACAAAACUACGUUGGCUUGGUUAGUUAUUCGACUGGUGAUAUUUAUAUAAAACAAUCCGAUUGGAUUUUGAAGAAUAUACCGCAAAGAAGACGGCGACAACGUCCUGGUAUAUAUCUUCAUGGUCGCCUGUAUUAUUUUAUUUACAGACAUUGGCAAGUACGAGAUGCAGUAUUUAUUGGAGGUGGAUUUUCAUAUCUCAAUGGAAUCUGGAAUUUUAUUUCUAGAACACUCAAUGCAAUGAACGACAGUGGACGAUUAAUUAAAUUUGAAGAAACAGUCUUACAACUAUUAAUUGAUACCCUAUAUAUUGAUCAUUAUUGGCUAGCAAUGCCUCCCGAUCAUCGUAUUGAUUGUAAAAGUUUGGCCAAAAUGGAACGUAACAAAACAUACAUUUCUUGCGCUCAUCCUUCGAACGUUAAUGUCAAUAGAAAACUUCAUGGCACUGUAAAAGAGUUAAAUGGUAAAAGCCCUCGUAUUGUAGUGAUCGAAUGUAUUGGUUUCGAUAGAGAUUUUUAUAUUCAUUCUACAGCCGUAUUAAACAACCGCUCACUUCUAUAUUCUGGUAAACAUGUUGAAUUUGAUAUUACAGAAACGGAUCAAGGAUGGAAAGCGGACAACGUAACUGCCGUUUGGCCUUAG